AGACAUGUGCAUUGACGUCCCACCGCUCGCGGUUCGCAGCGCGGCGCCUAUGCUAUGACAACUAGUUCUCUCUCUGCAGCACAUCAUGCGUGUUGCACCGUGAGCGCGGCGCCCAGUGUCCUCCGUGUCGUCUCAGGCGAGACACCGCCGUCCCCCCACUUCUGCAUGCAGAGCGCGAGCAGGUGACUUAAUGAGGAGAGGGUCCUUUUCACCGGCGGACGACAGGAUUUCUUUAUGUUAAAUAAGAAGUUGGGGUCGCCGUGAAAAGGAGGGCUUGGAUCUCCGAGUCGGGUGUGGGUGAGAACAGCCGCAGCAAAUCCUCUAAAGAGAAACCCGCGGCCCAGGUAACGUACAGCGGGAGGCAGCCAUGAAGAAAAUAGACAACGCAGCCACGGGCAGCUGGACUCUAGGCAACAAUCCUGCCUCCUCCGCGGUGAAGAACUCCUGUCAACCCAAUCUGAAGAUGUUCCUCGUAUCCUUGUCCUUUGCCUACUUUGCCAAGGCGUUAACUGGCAGCUACAUGAAAAGCACAAUCACACAACUGGAGAGGCGAUUUGACAUCCCCAGCUACCUGAUCGGCAUCAUAGACGGGAGCUUUGAAGUAGGGAAUUUGCUGGUGAUUGCCUUUGUGAGUUAUUUUGGCGCCAAGCUCCACCGACCCAAGAUCAUAGCGAUCGGGUGCAUCCUGAUGUCUUUUGGGACUUUCUUGAUCGCCAUGCCUCAUUUCAUCAUUGGCCGCUAUAAGAUCGAAACAUCAAUUAGAUCUUCGGCGAAUUCAACCAAUAACCUCUCUCCAUGUCCAGCAAGCUCACCUGAGUCCUCCAGGGCAGGUGACAGACCCUCGAUACUGCCCUCUAGAGGCUGUGAGCGAGAGUCCAGCGUCUCCAUGUGGAUCUAUGUGUUACUAGGAAACAUCCUGCGUGGGAUUGGAGAGACUCCAGUGCAGCCGUUGGGGAUCUCCUACAUCGAUGACUACGCGCAGUCUGAGAAUGCUGCUCUCUAUAUCGGUUGUGUUCAGACCAUCUCGAUCAUCGGCCCUGUCUUUGGGUUCCUGCUGGGGUCACUGUGUGCUAAGAUCUACGUUGACUUUGGCUAUGUGGAUAUGGAGACGGUCACCAUCACCCCUGGUGACACGCGCUGGGUGGGGGCAUGGUGGCUGGGCUACCUCAUCGCUGGCGUCAUCACUCUCAUGGCCGCGGUUCCUUUCUGGUUUCUGCCCAAGUCGCUGCCAAUGCCUGUGGAUAAGCAUGACUCCAGCUGCACGCCAGAGCAAACCAGGUUCAUCAAAGAUUCUCCAAGGCUGGAGCACAAAUUCAGAGCGGAAGAGCCAGCUAAUUUACACCUGAUGGCCAACGAGUUUGUGCCCACGCUGAAGAGUCUCCUUGGAAAUCCUGUGUACAUCAUCUACCUCUGCGUGACCAUCAUUCAGUUCAACUCUCUCAUUGGUAUGGUCACCUACAAACCCAAAUACAUAGAGCAACACUACGGCCAGUCAGCAUCAAAAGCCAAUUUUCUCAUGGGCAUGAUCAACAUCCCGGCUGUGGCCCUUGGGAUGUUUUCUGGAGGGGUUGUCAUGAAGAAGUACAAGCUGGGUGUCAUGGGAGCAGCUAAAUUCGCCUUUGGGACCUCCCUGCUGGGCUACUUCCUGUCACUCUUUUUCUUAGCCAUGGGCUGUGAAAACACCAAAGUGGCAGGCAUCACAGUUUCAUAUACUGGAGUGGAAGGCUCGUCGUACGAGGAGCGCUCUCUCUUCUCUGACUGUAAUUCGGGCUGCUUGUGUUCAAGCAGAGAGUGGGAUCCAGUGUGUGGAGAGAACGGGAUCACCUACGUGUCCCCCUGCUUGGCUGGAUGCAUCUCCUCCUCCGGCUCUGGGAGGAACACGGUUUUUGACAAUUGUCAGUGUGUAGCAGUGGCUGACAGUCGACCGGGAAACCUGACGGCCACUUUGGGUCCGUGUCCACGCGGUGACAGCUGUGACAAAGUCUUUCCUUACUUCCUGGCUCUGUCUGUCCUCAGUUCCUUCAUCAUUUCUCUUGGAGGAACACCCGGAUUCAUGCUGCUGGUUAGGUGCAUUAAGCCUGAGCUAAAAUCCCUGGCCCUUGGAAUCCACAUGAUGGCCACUCGCACUCUGGCUGGAAUACCUGCCCCGAUAUAUUUUGGAGCCAUAAUUGACACAACCUGCCUAAAAUGGGGAUACAAGACGUGUGGAGGAAGAGGAGCUUGCCGGAUAUAUAACACCUCGGUUUACAGAAUUGUGUACCUGGGCCUAACACUGGGCUUGAGGACAGUCUCUUUCUUCCUUUGUAUUUUGGGCUUCGCUCUACUCAAAGGACAUAUUAAGAGGGAGGAGAAAAAUGCACUGACCAAUGGGAACGCUGAGCUGGAGUCUCUGAGGAAGGAGGAGAGCAGCUCAUUACACUGUGAGCAGUUCGCUUUGGACUGCAACGCCGACAGAGAGACUCACUUGUGAAUGUCAGCA